AUGACUUCCAUCUGGCUACUGUUAGGAAUCGCGAUAGUCGCACAAGCGCAUAUUGUGAAAAAAGUUCAUAGCGAUGACGCGGAAUUGCCCGAUGAACUAGAAUGGCCCGACGAAUAUACACUAAAAGCGAUGAGAAUGUCCCUUACUGACAAUGUUAUCGAAAACUAUGAGAUUUGGAGAACGGAAAAAUCCUCAAGGAUAGAUUAUAACGACGGCUAUGUGAAAUCCAUUGUGCUUACUGAUGAUAAUUAUCGCUAUGGUGUUAAAUACUCCAUUCAUCCCGAGGCAUCAAAAUCUCAAGAUGUAGAAACAGCUUGCGCCAGCGUAAUUGGUGAUAAAUACGAUUCGAUAGGACCUGAAACAAUCCUACCACUUGAAGCUUACAAUUACGAAUCUGCCGAUUCGGGUUUCCCCUGGCUGCGACGGUGGAAAUUUAAAAAUGCUGCGUACAGUGGGGAUUGGGGUAGGUCUACCCACUGGGAAAGCAAAGAACAAGAACUAAAUCAUGAAGUUACCUUAGUUGGUUACGGUGAACGCGAUGGUGACACCUUCUGGAUCCUGAAGAACUCCUGGGGACCAACCUGGGGUAUCGGCGGGUACAUGUACAUAUCUGCCCGUGACAACAACUGCGGUGUUGCGACUGAAACCAACCUACGUCGUUUUCUAAAUAAAAGAUUAUAUCGAUUAAAAACGUGA